AUGUCCGCUAACGACCACCCGACUCGCGAAGCGGCGCUCUACCACCCGUGGACGGUCGGGUCCCCUGCCGAGGGCUGGCAAGUCACGAUCACUGCUGGCCACGCGACACUGCCCGACGGCCUCACCCACCUUAGCUCCCGUGCUUUCCUCGAGUGCAAGUCUCUCGCCUCCGUCACCUGCCCGAGCAGCCUCGUCUCGAUCGGUGACCGAGCGUUCGACGGCUGCACUUCGCUUGCCUCGAUCCAACUCCCUGACGGCCUCACCUCUGUCGGCCGCCACGCCUUUGACGGGUGCUCCUCUCUCGCCUCCAUCGAACUCCCCGCCGGCCUCGCCUUGGUCGGCGCCUACGCCUUCCGCUACUGCGCCUCGCUGGCCUCUCUCUCCCUCCCUCCGGCCCUGUGUUGCGUCGAGGUCGGGGCCUUCUAUUGCUGCUCCUCCCUCAGCAGCGUCACCCUCCCCGCCAGCCUCGUCUCCAUCGGCACGGCCGCCUUCGACGGCUGCUCCUCCCUCGCCUCCCUGCCCCUCCCCGCCGGCCUCGCCUCCAUCGGCACCCUCCUCUCUGCUGGCUGCUUCGGCCUGCCGCCGCUUCUCUUCACGCCUCGCACUACUGGACACAGGCAACCACUCCUUCCACUGCUGCUCCUCCCUCACCUCCGCCUGACCUACCUCGGCAAGACCGCCUUCUACUACUGCACCUCCCUCGCCUCCGUCGCGAUCCCCGACGGGGUCUCUUCCAUCGGGCCCGGCUGCUUCCGCGACUGCUCCUCCCUCGCCGAGCUGCGCCUCCCCAGCAGCCUCUCCCCAGAUGCCAAACACAAGUCCAACCACCACUCCCCGCUCUUCCGAGCAGCGCUCGAUCAGCGCUCGAGGGGGCACGACGCCUUCCUGCGCUGCACCUCCCUCUCCUCCGUCGCCCUCCCGGACGGGCUCGAGCACGCCUUCUUCGACUGCUCCUCCCUCCGCCGGCUCACCUUCCCCGCGCACAACUCCCGCCUCGCACAGCUCCAGAACUUGGGCUACCAGGCCUUCGGCGGCUGCUCCUCCCUCGCCACAGCCACCCUCCCUCUCGACGCAGACGCUAAUGACCUCGACGGCACGGCGGAGAUGGUGAAGCUGGUCGCCUUCUGCCCAACCACCACCGUCCUCCGUCUUUCGCCAGCUCGAAUGCGCGCCCAGGAGCGGCUCCGGCUCCUCUACCAAGGCGUGCUCGCGUACAAGCGCUGCCGCCCCCUGCUCCUCGGCUGGCUAGAGCGGGCGCAGAUCCGGCUCGACUCUUACGGCUUGGACGGUGCCGCGCGCCAGCGAGACCGCGAGGAGUUCGAGAGCGAGUUUGCGGACCUCACGGCGACCUGA